UUUACUUCUUCUUUUCAUGACAAUGGAGUUGACAGAGGGACUAAACACUUUUAUUUCAACAGAAUUUGGAUUCAUUUAAUUUCAGUGGAAAAUGGUAAAAAUUAUGUUCUUUAUUCGAGUCACAUUGACUGCAUUCUUCCUGUCUGGUGUUUUCUGUGUUGAUGCAGACAGAGUGAGUAUGAAGGAGGGAGAUUCAGUCACUCUGAACACUGAUGUUACAAUAAACCAACAAGAUAUUAAAUGGUAUUUUAAUAGCACUCGUAUAGCUCAAAUCAGUGGAGAUCUCAGUUAUAUAUGUGUGGAUGUUCAGUGUAACAAAGAUACUGAGAGAUUUAGAGACAGACUGAAACUGAAUCAUCAGACUGGAUCUUUGACCAUCACAAACACCAGAACCACAGACUCUGGACUUUAUGAGGUAAAGAUCAUUAAUAACAGCAGCAUCAGUGAAAAGACCUUCAAUCUUGAUGUUUCUGCUGCUGAACAAGAAGUAAUGAAGACAAAGUCAGUGAAAGAGGGAGAAUCUGUUACUUUAGAUCCUGUUGUAAUAAAAAACCCAAAUGAUAUGAUGAUGUGGUAUUUUAAUGACACUCUCAUUGUUGAAAUUACUGGAGAUCAGAGUAAGAUCUGUACAGCGGAUCAGUGUAAAGUAAGAUUCAGAGACAGACUGACGCUGAAUCAUCAGAAUGGAUCUCUGAUUAUCACAAACACCAAAACCACAGACUCUGGACUCUAUAAACUACAGAUCAACAGCAGCAUCCGCCGCCAUCGACACAGCAUUAGCAUCACCAGUUGGAAAAUAUUUACUGUUACUGUCACUGGUUUUGCUUUGUCUUCAGCUGCUGUAGCGGGAAUGUGUGUUUGUGUUCUGCUGCUGGCUGCUGCAGUUGCAGGUGCACUUUACUAUGGCAGGCAUCAAACAAAAAGGAAUGGCAGCAUGAAGCAGCGCAGUGAUCAGGAUUUAGACUCGUCCCCUAACCUGUGUGACUCUUCAUUGAUGGAUGCUGCCAACUAGAUGUCCCCUGAUGGAAAUGAGGCUGAGCCUGCUAAUCAGACACCAAUGUAACAUAAUUCAUUAUUUUGACUUUGUGGUAUCUUCAGGAAGCAUUUGACCCUGGUCAAGCCUAUCCAUGGCUGUGCAUGCCUUGAAAGGCAACAUGCUCAGUGCUUUAUGGGUUUUGUUGAUGAACACUUUCUGACAUUAAUUUCUGCACAGGAACAAAUGACUAAUGCACGACUAAAGGGGUGAUCAGAUGCAAAGUUCACUUUUACAUGUUGUUUAAACAAUAAUGUGUGUUGGCACAUCUACCCUAUAAUGAUAAAAAUCCAUGCAGUGGUUUUUUAAUUAAUCUGUAAAAAUAAUAUCCCCUUUUUCAAAUCAAGCCAUUCUCAGAUGCAUGGCAUCACAUCGACAGAGGCCGCUCCCACGAUAGUUGACUGACAUGAGCGUCUUACCUCAGACCCACUCUAAAUCAGCUGUAACAGUCCGACUACCACUGUUUCGAUGCCGGAGCAGGGAUGUAAAUUAGACAAGAAUAUCUCUGAUUGAGGUGUUGCUGGAUGUAAUAAUGAACAUAGUGGUCAUCAUUUACUCCUGACAUCUGAGCUGCUGAAGAUGCAGUGGAUUAUGUUUGUUUGUAAAGGGAAUGCACUUCCCAAUCUACAUAAAUUCGCCUAUGUUCACGCAAAUCAUUCAUGAUCCAGCUUCACCUACAGCAAAAGUGAGUAUAAGUUUUUUUUUUUUUUUUUUAUGAAUCUCAGCAAUCACCUUUCCUAAUAACGUGCUAGUUAGCAAGUUUUGCGGCUAAAGUAAACAGUCUUUCAGAGCACAGCUCGUCACUCCACAGAGAGAAGACAGGGGCAGGGCAAGCAGAGCUCAUUUGCAUUUAAAGGAACAAUCCAUCAGAAUGGGUUGAUUUUUGCAGACCUCAUUUUGACAAGGUAAAAAGGGUGUUGUUUUACAAAACCAUUGAGAAUGUUUAACCAAAGUAUCUUAUGGACUUUUCAUUAAGACCCUAAAGAAUCACAUCAACUUGUGGAAAAUUGGCAUCCGAUGACCCCUUUAACACUCUAGUAACUACUAUUGAGAAACUCUAAUGAAUUAAUAAGUAAUUUAGUGGUCAGUUGAUUGUGACAGUUUACUAUGAGCUAAUCAGUAACUACUGUUUUUUUUUUUUUUUUUUUUUUUUUUUUUUUUUUUUUUUUUUUUUUAUUUCUUAGUUUAAGUCUGUUUCUUGUCAUUAACACUAUAAAACCUAUUAAUGUACUGAACUGUUUAACAUAAUUACUUUGUCCUGUCUGUGAUUCUCAACUAAUACAGUACACAGUAACUGACUGUGCUUACAUGAAUACAUUGCUGCAUUCACUGAUUUACUUUAAAGUUGCUAAAACACUUUCCUAGGAAAAAUACCAUGUCCCACGUGUGUAACUGGACAAUACCUCACCAGCUAAUUACUCUUCAAAAGCGAAACUAAAGAACUUCCACGAAAGUCUAAAAAUGGAUGUGUGAUUGUUUCUCUGACGCAUAAAUAUAUGAAGAGUUCAGAUGCAAAACCAGCUAAAUUCAUCUAUCGUCUUUCUUUAAAAAAUGCAUUUUUACCAGGCUCAGAUGUAUAGGUUUCUAUGUACGUACUGGUACUUCUAAUUGGGCUGAGGCUGGUAUUUUAGCAAGUUUGAAGAAAAAGUAUUUGAUGGACGUAUAAUAUGUGUCAAGAGCAUUCACUCAGUAUCAUUAUCUCAUUUUUGACCGAGAUGGCUUUUAGCUGGUUUUGCAUCUGAACUCUUCAUAUAUUCCUAAAUUCAAAUGUCCUGUUGAGGACACUAUAGAUUUUAUUUUAUUUUAUUUUAUUUUAUUACAUUUCUUACCUGAUGAAUUUGAUGCACCAUUCUGUAUGUGUACAGAUAUGCUGCGGCUGUAAAAAGAACA